AAGAAAGAAAGAAAGAAAGUUCCACGUCUUACAAACUGUUUACUCUCAUUGUCAUGAAGUCAAGGACCGCUCCCUCCCGCAUACGUGGACGAGCGUUUACAUCGUGGUCGCGCCUCACGGCAAGGAGGACAGCGUGUCCGCGCACCGAAGGACCGCGCCGUCGGCCGUCAGCUGUUUGCAGGACUGUACUGUUGUAGCUUCCGACCAUGGAGUCUAGACUCUAGCAGCCUUUCUCCCCCGGAUGGACUGAGACCGGUUGACUGACCGAGUCCGCGCCCCCCGGUGUUGAGGAGGCUGAUGGCGUCCCGCCUGCUGGAGCGUUUGAAGCGCUCGCUCUUCAAGGAGGGCGAGGGGGCGGAGCCUCAGCCACCAGGAAGUGAACAGGAAGCGGAUGGGAGGGAGGAGGAGCGAUGGGAGGCGGAGCUAGCCGAGGAGGAGGAGUGUGUGUCCGAGAGGCUUGGCGGCAUGCUGUGCUUCGACGGAGCAGGAGCAGGAGCAGGAGGAGGAGGAGAGGAGGGAGGAGAGGAGGAGGGCUCAGGGAUAGACAGCGACUCAGACUUCCUGAGCGAGUCCAUGGAGGAGGGGCUUAGCAGCACAGAGACCAGUCCGGUGGGCGGGGCUCAGUUAGGCCCCUCCCCCGCAGCACGCCUGCUGCAGGAGGGCUGGCGGGGGCUCCGGGGGGGCGUGGCCCCGGCCCCCCCCAGCAGGGGGCGGGGGGCGGACCAGCUGCUGUUCGAGGCCACGGACGCCAGCGUGGUGGUGGAGGGCUCCGCCAAAUACGUGCUCUACACCAUCCACGUGGUGCAGGCGGGUGGCAGUGACAAGACCCCGGCCGUCAUCACCAGGCGAUACUCUGACUUCCAGCGGCUCCACGCCACCCUGCGCCGUAACCAUGGAGACCAGAUGCACGGAGUCUGCUUCCCACGUAAGAAGCUGCGCAGUAACUACACGGCGCAGACCAUCGCGCGGCGGAGCCGGGCCUUCGAGCAGUACCUGUCCCACCUGUGCUCCGGGGCGGUGCUGAGGGGGGCGUCCUGCGUCAGGCUCUUCUUCUACCUGCCGGACCUGCUGACCGGACAGCUGCUCAUCAGGGUGGGGCGGUACCAGGAGGCUCUGGGUCCACUGCUCAACGCUAAGAGACUGCAGACCAAACUGGGCCACCCUCAGGCCCCGCCCACCACGUCGGCCACGCCCACACCACUGGCCCCGCCAACUCUAUCGUCCACGCCGACCGCAUUGGCCCCAUCCCCCGCCUCCCCCCAUUGGCUGUUCACGCUCGUGGCACUGGCCAGCUGUUUCCAGGAAGUGGACCAGCUGGAAGAAGCUCAGGAACACUGUGACGAGGCCCUCCGCCUCCUAGCCCCGCCCCCACACACCGACAACACCUUUGAGGACAGGCCACACCCCCAGGAGGAUGGGCCACACCCCCUUGGUGAUAGGCCAUACACCGCACUACCGAUAGAACUUCCCCAAACUAUGGACAACCUCAGCCCAACCAAUGAAAACCCUCCUCUGCUCCUGCCCAAGCCCCACCCACUCCUGCUUCAGUUGCUAAGGGCCAUUGUUCGGUUGUCAUGGCAAACAGGAAGAGACAAGCGGCAGUGGGAGGGGCUUCUGCAGCAGCUUGAGGAGCAGUGGGUGGAGCCUGACAACCAGCCAACCAUCAAGGAGUUCCUGGUGAAACAAGACCUGAGAGAGACGGAGACGGAGGGGUAGCGCACACACACACGCACACACACACACACACGCACACACACGCACGCACGUGCACACACACAAGAAAACACACACACACACAAAGACGCGCGCACACACGUAGACACUUUAUUGAGGCACCUUAGUGUUGCACCAGUAGUAGAAGUAUCUACCAAGUAUAUCGUAGCACCUAGUGGCUAGCAUUAAUAAAGGGAUUAGCGAGCUACUUUUAGCCUUAGAGGUGAGAGUGCAGGAUUAACUAGCAUCCAGCGAUGAGAUCCGCCCUCCCCUUCCGAACUACGGAGUCCCAUACUGGCCUAUCGGGGGCCAGCAGGUAACUUCCACAAUGAUGUCAUCGUAUACGACCGCAUCGUGUAGCCAAGUAUCGUGUAACAAGGUGCCUUGAACGAUUUUAAAUGGUAUCAUACAGUGAACUAAAUAUACUGCACCUUUUAAUGAAUAUAAUUAGCUAUCUAGCAUUAGCAUAAACAACGGCAUUUAGCUGGCCGCCUAUAUAGCAUGAAUAUGGCGAUUAGCUGACUUGAUUUAGCAUUAAUAAAGGCAUUCAAAAUGCUACCUUGAGCAUUAAUAAAGGCAUAUAGCUAACUAUCUUAGGCAUUAUUAAAGAUAUGUAGCUAGCUAGUUUUAGCAUUGAAAAAGGGUAUUUUAAGCAGGUCAGUACUAAGAACAGAUGACGUUUGUUUUGGACAAAACCACUCAUUAGGAAGCACAUUUUGGAAUGUGUGCUCAGUGUCAGAGGGGGUGAGUUGAAGAAGAAUCAUGGCUGAUUUAUGUCUGGACAGAGACAAUGUCCGCCAUUACUUGCGGUCUUUGCAGGGAAGACUGCAGGUAAGGUAGCGGACAGAACAUAUCGUUUAGGCCUCUCAAAAACACGUUUUUACACAUGUUGGACUUCCUGAAGGCACAAAGACAUUACAUAAAGCUGUGUUGGAUAACGUCUUAACUCUGAUGUAAACACACCAAGCACACCACAGUCUGCUGCUAGCGUACAAUAUUAUCCUCUUUAUAGACAUGUAAAGGAACGCUAUUAUAGUCCUCAUGUAACCUAUAAUACUGUGCAGCAGGUCCUUUCUGAGUUAUCUCUGUCGCUUUCGCUACAAUAUUUACACUUUUUACAGUGCCACGUUUUUUAAUAUCUCUAGGCUUCGUCCACAUCCUUUUACAUUGAUCUUACAUGUUUAAACGAGGAAGGAAUAUGUGGAAUGGAACUUUAAGGCUCCUUUUAAACGUAUCGAUAUAAUGGUGCAUGAUUCAUAUCUGACCACUAGGGGGCAGAGGGUCCCCAUCUGACCAGACGGAGGCCUUAGUCGCCCAAAAAGCAUUUUCAACAGCACUUAAAGGACCCUAGCCGUUUGGAAAUCUCGCACCUUUGUGUGUGAGAAGUUCUGGAAACUAUUCAACAGGAUUAAAUACAUUUCAGUUUAUUUAAUUAAAAUAGGAUUUUAGACAUCAAGAAAUGUAUUAUUUGAUAAAGGCAAUAGAAGUCAUUUGGGUGUUUAAUUAAGGGACAUAGGACCUUUCUGUUGUUCACCUGUGGUGAGUCCCAGCCGUGGGGUGAAGGUGGAAGAGCUGCUCUGUUCAUGGGUUCUGUGGAGGAGGGUCCAGGGAACUUGUUUUUUCUACAGUUGUGUUUUAUAGAAUAAAGGUCUUGUCUCGGCA